AAGUAGUGAUCACUUUGACUGCGGAGGAAGUGGUGAAACGAUGGGAAUCCUAAACCUUUCGCGACUAAUCGCCGACAUCUGUCCGGAAGCCAUACGAGAGGUUGAGUUGAAGUCACUGUUUGGCCGCCGGAUAGCGAUCGACGCCUCGAUGUCUAUCUAUCAGUUCCUGAUUGCCAUCAGAAAUAGGGAUCAAUUGCUGACCAAUGACUCCGGAGAGACGACCAGCCAUUUGAUUGGUCUCUUCUAUCGGACCAUUAAAUUGUUGGAAAUGGGAAUUAAACCCAUUUAUGUCUUCGACGGAAAGGCUCCGCAACUAAAGGGCGGAGAACUGACCAAAAGAGCCGAUCGACGCAAAGAGGCGGAGAACCGAUUGGCCGAAGCGGUCGAAGAGCAAGACUUGGAGAAUAUCAGCAAAUUUAACAAACGUGUGGUUCGAGUGACGCGACAACACAACGACGACUGCAAGAAGUUAUUGCAAUUAAUGGGACUUCCGGUCAUUGAGUCGCCCUCCGAAGCCGAGGCCCAAUGCGCCCAACUCUGCAAAGAGGGUCUCGUCUACGCCACGGCCACCGAAGACAUGGACGGCUUGACGUUUGGGUCGCCGCGACUCAUCCGUAACCUCACGAGCGCUAACAACGAGAAAGUGAAGGAAUACUCGUUGGAUAAAGUGCUCGAAGGCAUGGAAUUAUCACACAAUCAGUUCAUCGAUUUGGGAAUUCUUAUGGGAUGUGAUUAUUGCGAUAGCAUUAAAGGCAUCGGCGGUAAGAAAGGCUUAGAACUGAUCAAAUCAUUUGGAAGUAUUGAAGAAAUUUUGGAAAAGAAGUACGGAAUCACUGAAUUCAUUGACGUCGACAUCGAUUACGGCGAUCGCAAAGAAGUGGUCGUCGAAAGUGAGGAUAAUGUCAAACAGGAGGAGAACGGAGAACAAGAAAAUGGCGACAAAACUGAUGUGAAUGGAGAAGAGGGUAAUGCUGUUAAAGAGGAAGACAAUUGUAAGAAGUCAAAGGACAAGAAAGGACCGCAAGUGCCGGACAACUGGCUCUUCACUGGCGCCCGAAAGUUGUUUGUCUCGCCGAAUGUCUUGAAGGGAACCCUCACUGAAGCGGAUCUCAAACCUAAAGAUGUUGACGAAGAAGCGAUCAUUCAGUUCAUGUGCGUUGAGAACGGCUUCAGUGAAGACAGAGUUAGGAAUGCAUUGAAAAGAAUUAAGGAAUCGAAAGGCAAAUGUUCUCAGACUCGGAUCGACAGCUUCUUUAAAAUGAUGCCAAACUCUAACCCAAAGACCAAAACUGAGAAAUCGGUUUCUGAUAACAAGAACAAGAGAUCCGGUCCUCAAUCCAAGAAUGCAUCCAAAAGGGGUCGGCGU